AUGGCAAAUGAGGCAGAGAAAGCUAGAAGUGGUAGCAGCAGCGAGAAUGUAGACAGAUUCAGUGACCUACCCGACAGCAUAAUUCAUAAAAUUCUAUGCUUGGUUGACCUCAAAUGUGCAGUCCAGACAUGUGUGUUGUCCAAAAGAUGGAGAUUUUUGUGGACUUCACUUACUGAACUCAAUUUCAAUGGUACCUGUAUGGAUUUCAUGAACUUUUUAACUUUCAAUAGAUUCGUGAGCAGAGUAUUAGCUACCCGUGAUGACAGCAACCUUUACAGGGUUCAGCUCUAUUCCACUUGGAGUCCCCAUCAUUCUCUAUUGGAUAUGGUCAUAAAAUAUGCAGUUUCCCAUCAUAUUCAGAAUAUGGUCAUAAAUUAUGGUCAUUCUGCUAUCCGAUCUUUUUCUUUACCACCUGCAUUCUUAACAUGUCAAUCAUUGAAAACCCUUCAAUUAUCUGGAUUCAAUCUUAAAGCUUUUGGUGUUGCUCUCCCAAAUCUCAUCUCAUUGAGUCUCUCCCAUUGUUCAUUUACUUAUCCGAGUGAUAUCGAUGAUCCUUUUGCCAGUUGUUUGAAUUUGAAAAAUCUAAGCCUACGCUUUUGCAGUUUUCUGUCUUCAAAAGUCUUGAAAAUAUCUGGGUUCCAAUUACUUGACCUAGAAAUUUUAGGCCUUGGAUAUAUGAAUCUAGCAGGAUUACUGUCUAGGAUUGAGAUUUUUGCACCAAAGCUCGUGUCUUUCAUCUACAAACUCUCUUAUGUAGUGGAUUUCUCCGGGCUCCACCUUCCCUCCCUUAACUAUGCCCAUAUUCAUGUUUGUGCUAAGCAAGACAAGAAGAGAGAGGCCUAUCUGGAUGCGAUCAAUCUUUUCAAAGGGCUUGGUAAUGCACAAUCUGUCAAGCUACAUUCUGAAACCAUUGAGGUCCUUGGUUCAUUUCCUGGUUUGCUAGAACUAGAACCUUCUCCUUUUAAAAGAUUGAAGUCUUUGAAAGUUGCCCCCCACGGUAAAUCUUUGGUGCCUCCCCAUGUGAUGACCUACUUACUUGGUGGCACUUCUCAUGCAAAUUACCUAUAG